AGACCUGGACACUCACUCAAAAAUCUAGGGUUUCCAUCGGCACCGCAGACGGCUGAGAUUUCGGAUCGAGGGUUCUAUUUCAUCGAUUACGAAAAGGUGCUUCGGGUGUUCCUCGGAGUCGUCGGACUGAGUUCGCAAGCUCCGUGUGUUGUGGAAGCGAAGAUAUAGAGGGCGAUAGCGAUGGACCCGAGGACGGACAAACUAAUACGGCGCACCGCCAUGGCCGGCACCGUCACCGCCGCUUACUUCCUCAUCACCGCCGACUACGGUCCUCAAGACCACGCUCUCCUCGCUAUUACGAGAGCUAUCAAAUCCAUGGAAUCAUCUCUUAAGAGGUUUGUAUUUGGCUCAGGAGAUGGUACUCGAGAGAAUGAGGAAGAUGUACAUUCAAAAUAGUGAUCUUGGCUGCCUAAAUCAAGCAAGAGCAACUCAGGUCAUCAGGUCUGUUUAUUAUAUUGCCUGUAGCACUUAAUACAUGAAUGUAAAUAGCCAUGGUUUUAAGUGUCUUAUGAACUCUCUACUUCGUCACAAGCAAAUAGAGACCUCUUUGGGAAUCCAUUUGAUUUAGUAUUAGUUCAAAGUUUGGUUUCCUGUGGCAUCUUGAAAAUUUAGGUACAGGUUAUAUGUUGUACUUUGUGAUUUCCCCUCUUAGUUUUCUGAUGUCAACUCUGUUAUGAUUAGAUCCUCUCAUGUUGAUCAAGCAGCACCGAUUCAUAUCACCAAUCCAA